UUCUCAAUCCAACUGAAAAGUCAUAACAUUUUUUUUAUUAUUUUCUGUCCUCGUCACAAAUUUUGUAUCGUAAUUUCGUAAACAGAAAAAGACUUAUCGAUAAUUUAAUUAAUUAGAACAUUACCCAAAAAAGCCGCGCCAGUUUUGUACCGUUUUGUAGUAUUCAAUCAAUCAGCGCCAUGGACAAUGAUGAUCGUUAUAGAUGUCCAGAGAACAAUUAUGGUGGACGCAAGACGAAUGAACAAGGGAUGACCUUGAACCCCUACUUUACCGAUCUCCAACGGUCGACUGCACAAUGGUCCACACUAAACAAAUCGGAUAUCAGUGGGCGUUACCCAAACAGACCAAAAACUUCAAUGGGCGACCUUCUUUUUGGGGGUGGUGGUGGUGGUGGAUCCAACAAGAAGACGACUGUCAUUGGUGGUAAUGGGUUGAGUGAUGACCCAUUCGAGGAUCUUCGCAACCGGUGGAGCUUCCACAAUAAUGGAAAAGUUUCUCCAAAUGUGUACGGUCACAGCACCUACCAGAAUGAUUUCAAUCCACCCCCUCCAUCAUUGCCCCAUCAUUUUGGUGCUGAAUCAAUGCGUCUCGCCAGUUUUGUUCCACCUCGAAACAACAUGUACCGACCUAUGGCUAACGAUCACUUGCAGAACUCAAAUGACUGGAUUCCAAAACGACCUCUUGAAUGCACUUCAUCCCGAUACCCAUGUCGACAGCCACAUAGCAACAUUUCCACUGUCAAUAUGGAUCAAGGCUUUGGAUCCUAUCUCAGCGAAACCAGAGAACAAUUCGAUCGACCUUCCCAUCAGCUAUUUUGGGACAGUGUGUAUGAGCUGCCAAGCGGUUAUUCGACCGCUGUGAAAUCCGGAUUUUGGGAUCCAGAUCCACCAACUUGUGAUCUGUAUGACCGAAGUCGCGUCGUCACCCCGCCACAACGCUACAAUCCCUGGCCAAGGUUGCUCAUAGGUCAUGAAGCCAUGCUCCGCAGGGAGUAUCGACCCAGCAACAAUAUUGAGUACACCGAGUCCACAAUUAUUGGACCUACGUCCCGUGAAGCUCAGAUGUACAUAUUCUAAGCAUUUUUUCAUACACAAUCAAAUCACCGAGUACAAUCAUAACUCUAGAUAAUGAUCCUUGUUAAUUACCCGUGCAAUCAAUCCAUAACCAAUUAGUACGCAAUAAUGAUGAAUGGUGAUCUCAUAAUAAAAACAUGAUAUUUAUACUGCCAUAAAAUAAAAGCUAGAUUUAGGAAAGUCUGCUAUGCUAUUAUUGCACUGCUUUUAUGUUUCCAUCAGCCAUCCAUGUCCGACUAAAAGGAUGCAAUCAAACUCCAUCCAGAUAAAAUUGCAGUGAUCCUCAUGUUAUACAAGUACAUCACAUCAGUAAUGUAUCUCCUGUCCAGUAUGAAUCAUCAAUUUUAGUAUAUUAAGCAUUGUCCCUGGAGAAUUUGCAAUUCGCUUGGCUGGUGGAACACAGACUAGAUAGUUGAUGCGAUUAAAUGCUUGCCUCGAAAAAGCCUCAGAACAGAACACAUCGCUCGGGUUCAUCUACUCUGGUGUGGUGUUUAUGGAGGAGCAUUAUUGCAAUGCAGGGAGUAUAUUUGAGAGAUAUAUGGAGGGUUUUAGAGGAUGGAAGAGCAGACUAUGUGCAGGAUGGGGUUAGGUGGUGGCCGGCCGGCUCUGGCACUUUUCUCGUUCUUUCUUCUCACAACCUUCGGUCUGAGCAGAACUUCCGACCAAGAUCAAUUUUGUUCUCUGACCUCGCCCUGUGACACUAUCACCUCAUCGCCAACAACAAUGUCCGGAGACAAGGAACAAACCUUCAUCAUGAUCAAGCCCGACGGAGUCCAGCGGGGACUUGUGGGCGAGAUUGUUAAGCGAUUCGAGCAGAAGGGCUUCAAACUGGUGGCCAUGAAGUUUAUGUGGGCGGAUGAAGCCCUUCUUAAGAAGCACUAUGAAGAUUUGGCUGGACGACCAUUCUUCAAUGGACUUGUCAAGUAUAUGGCUUCCGGUCCAGUUGUU